AUGGCGGUUCCGCGAACACCGCCUGCUGCUCCUCGUGUAGCACCGGCCACUCAACGCCCGUCAUCUCUAAUCUCCAGUCGUGACCCGGAGGACGUUGAAGGGCGUCCUGGUCCAAACGGCAAGCGCAAGCGCAACUUCCCUGUGGUUGGGGACAGCAAGCACCGUCGCCUGCAGCUAUAUGCACCGGGUGUGGCAAAGCGGAAGCUGAAUGAUUGGCGAGGUCGCUUGUCGAUGCAUGCGCGGAAAGUGUUUUGCGAUGCGUUCGGCCUCGCGUGCGAGGCAAAUCCGCGGCUCAAAUACGCUUACGACGAGCUUGUCAGUGAUGAGCAGCUGACUUUGAAGGACGUGUUUGAUCUGGAAGGCGUGAAGCCCCUCGGUAUGUAUGCGACUUGCCCUGAACCCUCAAUCGCACUCACCGAUCCCCUCUGUCCCUCAUUUUCUCCUCUCCAUUCCCUUUGCCCAUCACUCCAUUCCCUCUGUCCCUCCUUUGCUCCUCUCCAUUCCCUUUGCCCAUCACUCCAAUCCCUCUGUCCCUCCUCUUCUCCUCCGCUGCUCCUUCCAUGCCCAUCACUCCCCCUCGCAUCCCAUUAUUUGGCAGUCAAAGGUGGACUGCUGCGAUGGCAUGUGGAUGACGAGCUGAACCGCCCUUUUGCAACGGGGCUGUUUGAUAUCAUCAUUCGUAAUGCGCGCAGUCACUCCAGGCCUUCCGCUCACCUCCUCCUCACCCUCUUCCCUUCCUCCCAACCCCACCUGUGUGCCUCUGUUGCCCCUUGUGCAGUGGCAGUCACUCCAGGCCUUCCGCUCACCUCAUCCUCAUCCUUUACCCUUCCUCCCAACCCCACCUAUGUGCCUCUGUUGCCCCUUAUGCAGUGGCAGUCACUCCAGGCCUUCCGCUCACCUCAUCCUCGCCCUCUACCCUUCUCCCAACCCUACCUAUGUGCCUCUGUUGCCCCUUGUGCAGGGGCAGUCACUCCAGGCCUUCCGCUCACCUCAUCCUCGCCCUCUACCCUUCCUCCAAACCCUACCUAUGUGCCUCUGUUGCCCCUUAUGCAGUGGCAGUCACUCCAGGCCUUCCGCUCACCUCAUCCUCGCCCUCUACCCUUCUCCCAACCCUACCUAUGUGCCUCUGUUGCCCCUUAUGCAGUGGCAGUCACUCCAGGCCUUCCGCUCACCUCAUCCUCAUCCUUUACCCUUCCUCCCAACCCCACCUAUGUGCCUCUGUUGCCCCUUAUGCAGUGGCAGUCACUCCAGGCCUUCCGCUCACCUCAUCCUCGCCCUCUACCCUUCUCCCAACCCUACCUAUGUGCCUCUGUUGCCCCUUGUGCAAGGGCAGUCACUCCAGGCCUUCCGCUCACCUCAUCCUCGCCCUCUACCCUUCCUCCCAACCCCACCUAUGUGCCUCUGUUGCCCCUUAUGCAGUGGCAGUCACUCCAGGCCUUCCGCUCACCUCAUCCUCGCCCUCUAUCCUUCCUCCCAACCCCACCUAUGUGCCUCUGUUGCCCCUUAUGCAGUGGCAGUCACUCCAGGCCUUCCGCUCACCUCAUCCUCGCCCUCUACCCUUCCUCCCAACCCCACCUAUGUGCCUCUGUUGCCCCUUUUGCAGUGGCAGUCACUCCAGGCCUUCCGCUCACCUCAUCCUCGCCCUCUGCCCUUCCUCCCAACUCGACCUAUGUGCCUCUGUUGCCCCUUUUGCAGUGCGUCAACCACGACCAGAUCCUUUCGCUUCACAGGAAGGUGAAGGCGGCGAUCAAGAAGUAUCUGGAUGACACUCCUGACGACCAGCUGUCGUCUUGGGAUGCGGAUCACCAGAGAUGGGUAUUCGGACCGACGGGCAACGUUGUCAUCUCGGGCAGCGGCUUUCCGAAUCACAUCCCCGACGGCGCAGAUCCUGACAAGAGGGACAAGGAGGAGGCGGAGAUCCUGGUGAAGUAUUGCAGGAUGCAGGCCGACAAGAUUGAGGCCAAGAGAGGUUGUCAGGCGCAGGGUGAUGGUCGUGAUGACGAGGAUAACGAGGUAGGCAAUUGGAUGGAUGAAGGGGAUGAUGAGUAUUGA